AUGUCGCGUGGCUUUCCUGUUGCAAGGGUGAUGGGAGCUGCGACGCGGGGUGGAGGGACCAUGCCGGGGGGCGUCGCGUGGACCCCGCAGGAGGACGACAAGCUGAGGAGGCUGGUCGGCGAGUUUGGCGACAAGCGGUGGUCGCUGAUCGCCGCUAAGCUGGGCAGCAAGGAGAGCAAGCAGUGCCGCCGGAGGUGGAAGAAUUGCCUGAGCCUGGAGGUGAAGAAGGGGUCAUGGAGCCUGGAGGAGGACGCCGCGCUCAAGAUGCUGCACGAGGUGCACGGCAACCGCUGGACGCUCAUCGCCCGCCUGGUGGGCGGCCGCACGGACAACGCGGUGAAGAACCGCUGGGCGGCGUUGCUCCGGCGCAAGACCACCGCCGCGCGGCGCGGCCGGCGACCGUCCGCGCACGGCAAGCUGCGGGGGCUGCACAAGGACUACCUUAUUCUACAACAGUCCGGACACCGGAGACGGGGACGACGGCCGAAAGUACUGAGGGAGUCGCCGGAGGCGAAGGAAGAAUCCACCACGAAGGGGACAUCGGGAGGCAUUGAGGAGCAGGUGCUCGUCAAUGUGCCCAACAGCAUGGCCAUGGACUGUGCCGACAGUUGCGUGACCAUGCCCCCGAGUGCCGACAAUGCAUCGGAACUCGACGUGCUGGUGGAGAACUUGCUUGGAACAACAAGCCUUCCUCUCGCUGAUGGUUUGACGUGUCCUCUGAGCUUUCCCCUGUCUGACCCCUGCACUGGUGAGUUUGCACCUGUGGACCUGCCCCUCAGUGCGGGUAUGCCCGUGGCGCCGAACAAGGACUAUUCGGUGGAAGCGUCGCAGCCCUUCGCCUCGUCCCUUGACAGUCCCUGGGGCUCCUCUGAGCACUAUGGCAACUGUGAUACUGUAAGCCAGUGCUCAUCGGUGCCUCACGCUGCCCAUCCAGUGAGUCUGGCGUCGAUGCUGGACCCGCAAUCGCCGGCUGGUCAAAUGUCAAGGCUGGGGCUCCUUGCAGACAAGCAAGCGGUGCUUCAUAGCUCGCUUCCAUGUUUCUCACAGAUCGAGCUUGACAUGCUCCUCAAGGCUUUGAAGGUCGAAUACGAGCAGCAAUAA